UUACUACUGCGUGUUCCAUAUGCAGCAUUUAUUGACUUAUGCUUCUGGGAAGGACUCGUAGCUUUCUUACAUGCAUUGUAUCAGAAAAUAUGCUUUGGCAUCAUGACUCUUCAGUAUUGUAUACAUCAAAACAAGCAAGCCAAUAAACGAACAGACAAGAUCAGCGUAGAACCUGGCACUACUGAGUAACAGCUCAUCACCACAUCUCAUGUCAGUAUAUCAGGCGAGAACACACUAAGAUGAAUGACAGACAAAUGUGGAAGAAAGUAACCAAAAGUAGUAGAAAGUCGUGAUAAGAUAACAAGGAGGAAUAAGAAAGUGCUGAAUUCACUAUAACGAUUAGGAUGAGGAUAAUGUGCUUACAUCUGUACCAUUGACACUGAUUCUGAACCGAAUUACCCACAGUUUCCAACUGCUGAUUUCUGUUGUCAUGCUGACCCCAACCUAGAAGUCGGCAUUAUCCUAAACGGCUCACACGAAUAUUCGAAGACUUCGUAAGAUGAUGCCUAUCUCUACUUGUUGGGGUUUAGACAGCUAGGUAUUUUUACAGUCCGCUUAGGAAAUAAUGGAGUGUAUUGGUUAGAAAGUGAGCGAUACAUAGUUGUUUAGUUGUACCAGCAAAAGCAAUUUAAUCAACGUCUGAGUUAGUCUACAGCAGAAGAACAGUUUGACUGCAGAUAAUGGAUAGUUAUUCAUUUGUACGACCUGGGAAAUUGAAAUUAAAAGGUGAAAAAAAGAAAAAACAUCACAAAAGGCGACAUGGUUCAGAACAAAAGGUGGAAAAAACAGAGCGUAUUUCGGAUGCAGAAGCCCAUGGCGGUUGGUGGUCUGCCAGGGAAUUCGAUGAAAUCAAGGAUUCCAUAGCAAUACAAGUGAAUGUUGCAUCUGAUGAACAGCCUGGAGCCGCUAAUUCUGCACAAAAUGUUAAUAAUCAGGAGUUUCCGGGUGCAUGUUAUCUGUCAGCCACUGAUGAAGGCCUGCUCGUGAUUGGACCACCAAGAAAAUACGGGGAACCACCUGCUCCAGAGGAAAUUUUUACUGCCAUGAAAGUUUCGGAUUCCAAAGUUGCGUUUAAAUCUGGAUAUGGAAAAUAUCUUGGUGUUUCUACGAAAUCUGAUGCUAUUUUGAUGGCUACAGCAGAUGCUGUUGGUAUUUUUGAACAAUUUGAGCCAGUUUUUCAAGAUGGUCGUAGUGCUCUAUUGGGUGCUAACAAUUGUUUUCUUUCACCCGAUUUUACUACCGAUGACGUUGUAUUUAAAAGUCAACAAGCCAAAACCAAUGAAAUGGUUGCUUUUCGUUCUAAUAAACCACUUACGCAUGAUCCUCUACUGGAUAUUCCGGAGGAAGAACGUGAAGGAUUGAAAAAGGCUGAAGUUAAUUAUGUUCGUAAAUUUCAAAGUUGGCAAGAUCAAAAGCUUCGUUUAAGUAAAGAGGAAUUCAGCGAUGUGAAACGUGCUCGGCAUUCUGGUAAUCUAUAUGAAUGUUUAUUAGAUCGGUAUGUGCUAGUGCUUCCUCUUAAUUGUAUUGUUGCUUUAUCGGUCUAGCCGUUAAGAAAUUGCUUUGUUAUCUCUGAAUUUUUUAAAUCCUGGUUGUUGAAAGUGACUAUGACUUACACUUCUAGUUUUUUUUAAUAUGAACUUUUGAGAUCCUCUUUGUUCAGUCUUUUCGGUUGAAUUAAUAGCAUAAUAAUCCUGAAGUUAAGUUUUUGAGGCUGUUAUCACCACAGACUGGCAUUAGAUAGUGAAGUAUAAGAAAACUAGGGGCUCAAGAGUGAGGAAAUGAACCUAGGACCCAGUCAUUGUCCCAAACAAUAAUGAAGCAGUUGUCCAUUGUUUCUUGGUUUUUAGUGCUUCUCUAACUGAAGUCGAUCCGUAAUGAAAAUAACAUUCAAAACAAUUAAAUCCCAAUAACUACUCAGUUUGUUUUUUUCAAGUUAGUCUCCACUACUUGCAAAGGCAACUGUCCUCUUGGUUCUUCUCAUUUACUUUACAUAUUGAUAGUUUUCCCAACCACCUAUUAAUCCUCUUACACUAUUCCUUAAGUCUGUGUAAGUCAAGUAUGCUGAAAAAUGUGUAGAAUAUAGAUGAAGUUCUCAUUAGCUUUGUUGAAAUUGGAGCGUCACAAAAUUGUCUUAGCUGUGUAAGAUAACAGUAAAAUAUUACCUGUAAUGUAUAAAGAUAGAUGAUGCCACCUGGCUGCCUGAAUCUCAGCAUGCGGAUCUAAAUCCUAACUCGCAAAUCUACUGGUUAAAAAACAGUUAGCUAAGAAAGGUGUUUAACGCCUCCUGUUGACUCUUAAAAUUUUUUAAUGUGUUGUGGAUGUGUUACUACCCGAUGACUGCAUAUCAUUUGAGGCAUGAAGGGCUGGGUAUUGUAUUUAGCUUCCACACGUUAGGUGUAUUUGCAUGCUGUAUAUGAGCAGUGAUCCAAUGUCACCUGAUAAAGUGUUUUUCCAGGAAAAUUAUUUCAGUGGUCUUUCCUAGAUAAGUAGAUUUUUUUGGUUAGUGUGAGAGUGAUAUCAUUUAAGUUCUCAAACUUCUUAUCAACUAUAUGAAGUUUAUUUUCACAUGCUAAGUUAGAUGGAUUUAUGCCGUUUACACACAGUAGCUGGUGAGAAAUAUCUGAAAUUUCUUUUUAUUUACCAGUUCAUUUAACCGUUAAGAAGUAUAUCCUUUCAGAAGAGUAUCCUUACCGUUAAGCCAUACCACUGUGUAUGCUAAGUAGUUCAUUUUAUAUCUGUAGGGAUAUGUAACCCAUUGACUUUAGCACUAAACUUUUGAGCAGUUGGUUCAGACCUCGAGUCCUCCAUACACUUCGGUCUUAGCAACCAGGUACUGUCACGAGCUCUAACAUAUUAAGUAUGGCUCAUGAAUACUAGUACAGAUAUAUGUACUUCAUUCACAUGUGCUAAUUAACAAUUAAAAAAAAAGAAUUCAGCGAAGAUUUUCUUAUUCGGAGAUGUGUUCUUUUCCAAGACUGUACAAUCGUACUUGUAUAUAUCACAAAUAUAUAGCAUUAGAGUAGUAUUAAAACUGAAAUACAAAUAUACCCUUUUGUUCAGUAAUAGACUGUUAUAUAUUUGUGAGGUAUAUAAAUACGCUUGUACAGUCUCAGAAAAAACAUCGUCGGAGAAAAACUUUCUUGACUGAAUUACCUCGUUUUUUAUGACUGAAUAGGCAUCUUUCGUCGUCUAAUUAUUAUUCGCAUAUAUAAAUAUCAUUUGUCCGUUGUGGAAAGAAAGUGUGGAUGUUUUUAACCAUAUCAGACAGGCUUUACUUCCUUUUUAUUCGACUGUUAGGAAAUAUGAUUAUUUUUUCUAAAACUGGCCCACAUUUAUCAGGAAUUCAAUUAUUUUCUAUUACAACCAUUGAAAAUCUUAAUCUCAUGAAGAAUUCCUGUUUUACUUCCUAAAAGCUGUAUUUUGAAUGCUUCAUCCUGGAUAUUUCCUCCUAGAAGCCUACAGUCACACAUAUUUUCACUAUGAUUAUUGUCAGCUGGAGCGUGAAAUAAAUUUGUUCAGGCUCCUGUUUUGGAAUCUUUCUUCUUACUGACUGCAGAUUGUUGAAAUGAGGUACUGGAAUCAGUCUUCAUUUAACAAUUAGCUUCUGAAUCUUAUCGUAUCAGCUUGUUUCAGGAUUAUUUCAAGAUGCAUAAAUAUCUGCAAGCUGUUUAUGCAAAAUAUGGUUACAGUAGUCUGUUAUUCUUUCAUAUGUAAGAGACAAAUAAAUCAACGUAGAAUUAGCUCAAGAGUGCCGCACUUCACAACAAUACAGAAGGAAAUUGGAUCAGAACAGGAGAUUAUUGAAGCGGAUCAUAGUGUAUGAGAGGAGAAGGGAUAAAUAAAUGAAGAUCAGAAAAAGGUCUAGGACCUGUAAGGCGAUGAAGACUGUGUAUAUAUAUGGACCAUUGUGACUGUUUUUGGGGCAAAUCAUGAAGAGUCUGCAAGUAUUUGUCUCUUUGUGUUGAGGAAACUCCAUCUAGUCAACCUGAAUUAAUGAGACUGACAUUUAGAGAUUUGAUGAAUUUGUUGUUUAUCUAGGUGUGUCCACAUGUAUCCUCUUUGCAACUAUAUUCUCUUUUGAUUAGUGUUGUUGGUUGAGACAGGUGUUCAAUUGACAUGCUCGACACAUUUUGAAGACGUUGUAUUCGGUGAAGGAACUUACGUUCUUUGUCUCAGUUCUUAUGUCUAAUCUCACCGUUACUUAAACGGUGGUUUAAUCACACAUGAGUAGUGGCACAAAGAAAUGUAUGACUAAAAACCUGUAGUCUCUUCAAAUCCUUUACUGUCAGCAGUCACAUCUCAAAGCUAUACAUUAGUGCGGAGCGACUCGCUGCCCACUAUCUACUUUUAGUUUUAACUAUGAAUAAUUUUCUAUCAUAAAGAUGUUUACUAAAUUAGAUGCAAGACUAAAUAGGUUGUAAUUUUCUAUGCAGUGCAAGAAUAAAAAAAUAAUCGUAUAAUCCAAGUCUUAUGGGAGUUGAUAACUAAUCAGUUGUCAAAACAUCUAUCACUAAUAGCCACACUUCUGAGUACACUUCCACACAAAUAUUUAAAUUAUUUUUAUUCUUGUCUUACGAUUUAUCUCAUAUUUUCUUUUUAGACGUGAGAAAAUGAAAUCAGAUCGAUACUGUAAAUAAAUGGUAAUCAUUCAUUCUGCCUGAUUUCUCUCUGAUUUUCUGAAGUCUCACGUAUUGUAUAAUUCAUAUAUUGUUGAAAUAUCCAGGAGUUUUUUUUUAUCAAUAAAACAAUAUUUUCGUCUUUA